CUUAAAAAAUAAAAACUUUAUUAAAAAGCACUUUAAAAACCGACAUCAAAGUGCUGGAUUAAAAGUUCACUUUAAAUCUGAACAAGCUGAAAUAGCAUAGUUGCUCUCAGACAAUUUUAUUUUGUUCACUAGUUGGUAUGUUGGUACAAGUUACGGUUUUGCUUUUAGUCUCGUUUUGGUUUUAGGUUGAAGGACUGGUUUUUGGAUUUCCGGUAUGGUAAGCAUUUUUACAAAACUGCACUUUGCAGAACCUGGCACGAAUGGUGACCCCGCCCUCAGAACCACUGUAGCGCCACUAUUGGUUUACUUCCUGGUAGUUAACAGAGGGAUUCGCUGAUUGGCUCUUUGAACUAUCCGUCAUUGGCGAGGGCGAGAACAAGGCGAAAGUUCACCAAAGUUGAACCAUUUUCAAGGAAAUCCCAUUCUCACGCAAGGAUUACGUUAUCUGACACAUCUCACGUAACGGUUGUUAUAGUAACCACCGAGUCUGUGUCAGCGGCAGCGGCCACCUUUUCCGCUUUAAUCGCAGCAUCCUGUCUGGGUUAAACCCGUUGGCAGAGGAAGACCCUUUGUUAAAAGUCUGUGGGUCUCCGGCGGGAAAAACGCUCCGCUCCUAGUCAAAGAUCAUCUCUGUGAGGAUGAGUAGAGAAAAGCCAAAGUCGCUGUUUUUCCUCGGACUUCCAGAACUGAAGAAGCUGGUGUGUGUGACUCUGAGUCUCCAGGAUGAAGACGACCAGGAGCCUCGGAGCAAACAAAUGAAGGCCUGCAGAGCGCUGGUGCUGCUGUACUCCGAUCUUCUGGCCUGUCCUUCCCUGGACUCCUUCACCGGCAUCAGGGCUGUCAUGGCUAUCCAGUUCUUCCAGCGAGGGUUCCUGCAGGCGUUUGCUCAGAGGAACAACCUGCAGCUGGGCUGUCCUCAGGCUGUGCUUCCCGCUGACCUCCAGUGCUGCCUGUCAUACUCACUGAUCACCCGACUGUCUCCCAGGUGGAACAAAGCUGGACUCUACCUGAUCGCCGGAACCGACUUCCUGACUGAGAGAGGGAGGUUCAACGCCAUCAGCAUGGAGAUGAGCACCAGCGAGGGUCGGCUGUGUCUCAGCCUGGAAACAAACCGUGUUUAUCUUCCUCCAAUCACGCUGGAGGACUUUGAGCUGCCCCCGAUAGUCCUCAGGAGGUUCUACAGUGACUCAGACUCCGUCAUCAACCCCUCCUCCACUGGGAGAGCCAUCUGGUGUCAUGUUCUGCCCAGCAUGAAGAAAGGUCAGAUUGUCUCCAUCAGCCGCCAGCUGCCCCGAGACGGGCCGUUCGAGUCCUACGUGGACCUGCAGAACCACUGGAACCGUCUGUAUGGUUACAGGCUUCCUGACCUGGCUGAAGGUCAGGUGGUUUACUGCAGCGUUUACUUCAGACCUCUGGGACAGAAACUCUUCACAUAUCCUCUGAGCUGCGUCCGGCUGCAGCCCGUCCAGCUCUGUGCUCGGGUCGACCUGCAGGGGGCGCUGGGCUCCUUCCUGUCUGACAUCAAGGACCGGCUGCAGACUGUCUGUGGCUUCCCGGCCCGUCUGACCAGUAACCCCCGUUACACCACGGUCAACUUAAACACCACUGCAACCAUCCAGGUGCUGAACAGUGAGCAGAUCAACCUGGUCUCCUCCAUUUUCAUCAGACCCAUCCUCACCCAGCUCCCUGCCCCUCCUCCUCUUCCCCAGCCUCCCAGCACCUCCUCUGACUCCCAGCCUUCCUCCCGGACCCCCCUGCUUCUGCAGAAGAAUUCUGAAAACCUGCUAAGAUCCAGUCAGACGGACCUUUUCUCCUCCUCCUUUUCCACUUCCUCCCCCUUCCAGCCUGCUUCCUCCCUCUCAGUCCCCCCGCCUAGUCAGAUUCCUCCCAUCCCCCCUCCAAUGGUUCCAAUUUUCAGGAACAAAAAUCCGUCCCACCACAUCAAUGUCGCUCGGCUGCGAGUUCUGAACCAGGAGCAGCAGGGCAGGAGGAGGAGGGGGGAGAGGGGGAGGAUAACCUUACCCGUCUUUGGAAGGGAAUCACCUUCUUCUUCAUCAGCUGCAUCUCGUCCUCUUCCUCCUCCCAUCAUCCCUCGCUUCAGUCGACCUAACCCCUCACGCAGCACCAGCGGGGGCCCUCAGCCCAGAAUCACCUACGUCUCCAGCCUCAGCCCGGUGUCAAAGGUCAAACCUGACAUCAUCGCCCCUCCUAAACUGGAGAUCAGACCUAAAACCAAACCCACCAGGAAGGUAGAUCCUGGAGGGAAUACCGAGACUGGAUCCAGUCUUCCGCUGGCUGCUGAUGCUUCCAACGAGGAUCCAUUCAUCAGCAGUAAGAAGAAGGAGCACAAGUCCAGGAAGCCCAGAGCUGUGGUCCAGGAUGUGGACAUAGAGAGACUGGCCCAGAACAGACAGCUGUGGAAGGUGAACUCGGCCUCCCUGCUGCUGUUUCUCAGACGAAGAGGAGUUCCUGUUGGUGCCAAAGAGAGGAAGGAGGAGCUGAUGAUGAAGGUCAUGAGCUGUUUGGUUGAGGCCUGACACACACACACACACACACACACACACACACACACACACACACACACACACACACACACACACACACACACACACACACACACACACACACACACACACACACACACACACACACACACACACACACACACACACACACACACACACACAGAAAAACAUGUUGAUUAAAUUAGGUUUUUAAAUAUGAAACUUCUGACUUUCAGCCAUAAAAUUUCAGGUUCUUGUUGUUGUUUACAAACAGGUUGUUUGUGUCUAAAUGUUUUCAGCUGUUGUUGAACUUCCUGUUUAUAACUUUAUUGUUUAAACUAGUUUAUUAAAGUUUAUUAUCAAAGUAA